CGGCUGCGGCGCCGGCUGCAUCAAUAAUUCAGAGCGGUGGUGGCAGCGGCAGCGGUGGGUGCGGGCAGGAGGCGGCGGCAGCAGCGGGACCGAGCAGCAGCGGCUAUGCAUCCAAGUGCGGCUGGGCAGCCGCGGUACCCCUGAGGCCCGGGCGGGGCUCCGGGAACACAGCGCGAAGGGGACGCUCGUCCCGGAGUGCGAGGAAGAGCAGUAGCGUCCAGAGCGGCGGCGGCGGAGCUGCGCACGGAGCCGAGGAGGGGGCUUCGGAGCGGGACUGGGGCUGGGGGGCGGCUGGCGAAAGCAGCCCCGGGGUGGGGGGCGGGGUGGGCGCCGGCGGCGAGAUGCUGGGCGUCGUGGAGCUGCUGCUGCUGGGGGCUGCGUGGCUGGCGGGCCCGGCCCGCGGGCAGAAUGAGACAGAGCCCAUCGUGCUGGAAGGCAAGUGCCUGGUGGUAUGCGACUCCAACCCCACGUCGGACCCCACGGGCACAGCCCUGGGCAUCUCUGUGCGCUCCGGCAGCGCCAAGGUGGCUUUCUCUGCCAUCAGGAGCACCAAUCACGAGCCAUCCGAGAUGAGUAAUCGCACCAUGAUCAUCUACUUCGACCAGGUGCUAGUGAACAUUGGGAACAACUUUGAUUCAGAACGCAGCACUUUCAUCGCCCCGCGCAAAGGGAUCUACAGUUUUAACUUCCACGUGGUAAAAGUCUACAACAGACAGACCAUCCAGGUGAGCCUCAUGCUAAACGGGUGGCCGGUGAUUUCAGCCUUCGCUGGUGACCAGGACGUGACACGGGAGGCCGCCAGCAACGGAGUCCUAAUCCAAAUGGAGAAAGGCGACCGAGCAUACCUCAAGCUAGAGCGGGGAAACUUGAUGGGGGGCUGGAAGUACUCGACCUUCUCUGGAUUCCUCGUGUUUCCUCUCUGACUGGCUCAGCCGGAAGGGAGGCAGGGAGAGGGCGAAGGCAGGAAGGGGAGUGAGAAAGAGGCUGAAAUUAAGAGGGCGAGAAAACAACACGACUUGAAACUUCUUACAUGUUCCCUAACUGUAUCUGGGUGAAAAGGUGCAAGCCCAGCGGUGGGACAACUUUGUCCUUUUCCUUAUUAGGAGAAAUAAAUUCCGCUUAGCUCUGUGCACUCCCAUUUCCAAAAAUAAACUCGCCUCCCCAUGCCAGUUGCAGUAAUCAAGAAAGAGACUGCCUUGUCAUUGUUUCUUAUCCCUAACUUCAUGUUCCCUGCAAAUUAUUUGAAGAAACUGUAUUUCACUACAUAUUCUGAAAUCUUUCUCCCUAGCCCCCUCUGAAUUCUUCUACCUACUGAAAUCUAAUAUAUUGCCCGCCCCCAACCUUUUUUUCCGUUUGAAGAGGGAGUUUUUUAUUUACUUAUUUUUUAUUUGGAUGGGGGAGGUAGUUUUAAUUUGACAAGUGUUGCUCUUCUUAAAACACCGCUCAAGUUAAUUAGCUGAAGAUACUUUGAAUCCUCGGCUACUUGUUAGCAGAGAAAGGACUCACCCUUAGUGGUGACUGGUUUAAAAAAUACGAAUAUAUAUCAUUUGUACACGAAGAACUCUUCCCAGUGGAAACUGGCUGUGUUUCCGUAUUUCUAUGUCCUAUUCGGAGUGAUCGUGAAAUCUAAGGCUGCUUGAUGUUCUGAUGCUUGUCAAUGCCGUCGUGCUCUGUGGCUCCAUGAAACGCCAAGGAGCUUCUUCCGGACGCUUCCUCUUCCUCUGUAACAUACGUGUGAAUAGCCAAGAUUUAAUUUUGCUUUAAUCCAAUAAAGUCGAAGUGGGACUUUUA